AGGCGUCCCCCGGCUGGAAGGUGUUUACAGAGUCGGCCUCGCUGUGGUGGGAGGGGCCCGGCUCGUUACCUCGGACUCCUCUGGGUCCUCCUAUUCAUGUGAGGAAUCUCAUUGUUGUGGGGGCAUCAUUCAGGCGGCUGGUGUUUUGGUCGGGGGGGGCUCCCUCUUCAUCUAAAGGUUUCAUCGGGGGGGCUCUCAGUCGGGAGGAAACGGCGGAGGGACGGCGAGGGGAACAUGGCUGUCGGAGCGCUGUUUGCCUGGCUGCUGCUGGGUGGGACGAUGGUCGCCGCAGACGAGGCCGUGGAGGAAGGUGAGCGGCGGAGGUCGUCUGAGGCCGGAGAGCCGCUCCGGUUCGGCCGGAAGCUUCUUCUCUGGCUGCUGUUGAUGGUUGAGGAGAUCUUUCCUCUGGAAGCUCCUUCAGACCAUCUCACCUGUGACGACCGGCUUACUUUCCCUCCAGCAGAGCUGAACGAGACCGUCAUCUGCACCAACGACCACAUGGAGGUCCUCAUUCCGGCCGCGUUCUUCCUCAACAAAGUUCCUCCGGUUUACGUCUGGGAUCUGCACCUGAACGACCCCGAGUGCCGCGGCGUCCAUGCCGGAGAUGACUACGUCUUCAGCAUCCGGACCAACCUGUCCGACUGCGGGACCGUCACGGUCUCAGACGACUCUCACAUCAUGUUCAUGAACACCAUCCACAACAACCAGUCAGACGUCAUCACGCGGAGCUACAUCAACAUCACCUUCGUGUGCCGCUACCCCCUCAGCUACCGGGUCCAGCAGCCCAGCGGCCAGAACCUGAUCAGAGUGGACGUCAGGAGCAUCACUCUGAGCACGGAGGACGGCAACUUCUCCGUGUCCAUGCUGCUGUUCAAAGACCGGGCCUUCCAGGACCGCUGGACCACGGUGCCGGCGCUGUCUCUGGACCAGGACAUCUUCGUCAAAGUCUUCAUGCUUCCAGCUGAUCUGGUUCUGCGCAUCGAGAGCUGCUGGGCCACUCCGAACCGCGACCCGUUCAGCAACAUCCAGUACACCUUCAUCAGAGACGGCUGCCCCUUGCUGGAGGACCGACAGACUCUGGGCGUCCUGAAGAACGGCGAGGGCGCCGACGCCACGUUCCGAAUACAGAUGUUUAAGUUUGUGGGCGGCUCCUACACCGACGUCUUCCUCCACUGCAACGUGCAGAUCUGCCACGGCGGCCGGGGGGGCGUGUCGGCCGAACUGUUCCUCUGAUGACGGCGUCCUGAGAACCCGGAGGGACCUGCCUCCGUCCCACACCGUCUCCUACGGGCCAAUCAGGCGACUGCUCACCGACAGGGACACGCCCAAUCUGAAUGCUGCUGGACUUCCUGCGGUGGAGACCUUGGUCCUGGGGGGGCUGCUGGGGGUCCUGCUGCUGAUCACCGCGGCGCUGGGCCGGCUCUGGCUGCGCUCGCGGCGCUUUUACCCCCCCCUCGAGGCGCAGCUAACCCUGUCCAACAUCCACCACAUGUCUGAGGUGGCCUCGUGAGGAAAGUGUGCGCGCCAGCAGACGCCGUCUGAGACGCCAGCAGACGCCCGUCUGAGACGCCAGCAGACGCCCGUCUGCGCGACAGCAGACGCCGUCUGAGACGCCAGCAGACGCCGUCUGAGACGCCAGCAGACGCCCGUCUGAGACGCCAGCAGACGCCCGUCUGAGACGCCAGCAGACGCGCGUCUGCGCGACAGCAGAUCUGUGAAUAAACGUCUGAUGGAAA